AUGAGCCAAACCAGUCAAAAUCUAGAGAUUAGCGAUACAGAAAGUGGAUUUUCUGGUGCAAAUUCUGUGAAAACUCGUCAAACCUUCACAUCCUUUGAAACCGAGUUGCUGCUUUCUUUGGUAAAUUCGGGGAAAAAAGUGCUAGAAGAUAAGAGAACGGAUUUUUUGAAUUCAGACAAGAAACGAAAGGCUUGGGACAGUCUGGUUCAACAAUUCAACUCGUCUGCAGAGGUUAAAAAAAGAACACGGGCGCAGUUACAAAAAAAAUGGGAUAACAUGAAACGUCGGGCGAAAAAAGAUGUAACUACUCACAAGAGGAAACAUAGAAAAACGGGUGGAGGCGAGCAGCCAACAGAUAUCCCCAAAAUUAGCGAAAAAGUUAUUGCAAUCGUUCCCACGCAAAUGCAGCCAUUAGACAACGAGUUUGAUUGCGACAAGUGGGUGGAGCAACAAAAGAAAGAAAUCAGUGAAAUGUUCGAAGCCGAAAAUUCAACGAAUACGGCUCCACCGAACGAAUUGGUCAACACGGCUCCGGCUCCAAAAAAGCCAAGAAAUCGUGACGCCCGAUCUGCGCUAGUUGACUGGGAGCAUGAAGAGCACCAGGUGCGAAUGAAAACUUUGGCGUUAACUUUUGAAGCGGAACAAAUUAGAGUUAAAAAAUCAAGACUUGAAUUGGAAUUUAUACAAGAAAAACAUGAACUUGAAAAACAACUACUGCUGGCACAAAUUCAUAACAGCGCAAAUUCUACAGUUUUCAUUACAGAAUCUACAUAACACGGUAAUUUGAAAAAAAUAUACAUAUAUAAUUAUGCCAAUCUUAUCUGACUACCGACUAAAAUGAUUUUGUACAAAUGCAGCCCUAAAAACCUUUCCCGAUGUUGUGCUUCUUCUAUUCGCUGCUGAACUGUCGUUUUGCGUGGGAUCAUCUCCGUCCUCAUUCAAUGUUCUGUCGUUGUCGAAUAUGUCAAGCCGCUUUCUGUACAUAUAUAUUUUAUUAAUGCUUGUC